GAAAUGAGAAUCCAGAUAGAGCAACGCGGCAGAAGAUGUCGACGAUCAAGUCGAGGAGAGGAGAAGCGUGGAGCGGGUUGGGAGCUGAACUCUGCGGAGGUAACCAGAUGCCGGAGAUGCAGCGAUGCUUACUCAGUUCUUGAUAAUAUUGCUCUUUGUCAGAAAUAGCUUUAUCGAGGAUAACUUCUCUAUGCUAUAGUAGGGAAGAAGUUUGGUCUACAUUUUAGGUGUUAUCAGCCAUCUUGUGCCGUGCUUCAAAGUUCUCACGCUGUGUAAUCCUCCUCCUCCCACUCCCCAUCACAACCCCCACCGCUGCAGCGAAUUACGCAAUGCUUUCAAAACGCAUCGGAUUUGAAGUAACAGGCUACGUGCAAGGGGUUGGGUUUCGUCGAUAUGUGGAGAGGACGGCUCGUGAGCUGGGCGGAAUCACGGGAUUCGUUUAUAAUACCAAGCAAGGAACGGUACGAGGCGAGGCACAGACCGGGUCUUCCGAGACGCUCGAGCUAUUCGUGCAGCGACUGAAGCGUGGGAGCACGAUAAGUCGCGUCGAGAAGGUGGAGGUUAGAGAGAUGCAGGCGGUGGUGGGUGAGACUGGAUUUACAAUCAAGAAAACAGUUUAGAAAGAGUGUGAUUCGACUACACUACAUGCAAAGCAAACCCAGCAACAAAGAAGACAAAAAGUAUCACGCCGCGAUCUCGUCGCGCUCCCAACCCGUCGGCUUCAUCGGCGAAAGCCCCUUACUAGGCUGCGGUUUCCCGUUCUCGACCUUGAGCGCGAACGGAUUCCGAUCUGUUUUCUGAUUGAGAUUCCCAAACGUGUGGUUGACCUCGCGGUGCUUUGCCUCGUCGGCGCGGAUGUACAGCAGCAGGUCUUCCAUCGUGCAGUCGUCGCCCAUUUUCCAGUACUGCUUCGCGAUAUCUGGAACCUCGAGUUUUUCAAACU